GAAACAUGAUCACCCUGAUCACGGAGCAGCUGCAGAAGCAGAGUCUGGACGAGCUGCAGUGCACGCGCUUCAGCGUCAGUCUGCCUUUGCCUGAUCAUGCAGACAUAUCCAACUGUGGGAACCCUUUCCAGCUUGUGUCUGAAGGUGCUUCCUGGAGGGGCCUGCCCCACUGUUCCUGUGCUGAGUUCCAGGACAGCCUCAACUUCAGCUACCAUCCCUCAGGCCUAAGCCUGCACCUCAGACCACCCAGUCGGGGAAACUCCCCACAGGAGCAGCCCCUUUCCCAAGUACUGAGCCCUGAACCCCCAGACCCAGAGAAGCUUCCUGUGCCCCCGGCCCCUCCAUCCAAGAGGCACUGCCGCUCACUCUCGGUGCCUGUGGACCUGUCUCGCUGGCAGCCAGUGUGGCGGCCCGCCCCCUCCAAGCUGUGGACUCCCAUCAAGCACCGGGGCAAUGCUGGAGGGGGUGGGCCGCAGGUGCCUCACCAGAGUCCCCCAAAGCGGGUCUCCAGCCUCAGGUUCCUCCAAGCUCCCAGUGCCUCUUCUCAAUGUGCCCCAGCCCACAGACCCUACAGCCCUCCUUUCUUCAGCCUGGCCCUGGCCCAGGAUUCCUCUCAACCCUGUGCCACCUCCCCUCAGAGUGGUUCUUGGGAGAGUGAUGCUGAGUCCCUGUCACCCCGCCCACCACAGCGCCGCUUCUCCCUGUCACCCAGCCUGGGCCCACAGGCAAGCCGCUUCCUGCCCUCUGCCCGGAGCUCCCCUGCAUCUUCCCCAGAACUGCCCUGGAGACCCCGGGGUCUCCGAAACCUUCCCCGAAGCCGCUCUCAGCCUUGUGAUCUGGACGCCCGCAAAACUGGGGUCAAGCGGCGUCAUGAAGAGGACUCCCGGCGCCUGCGGCCUUCCUUGGACUUUGACAAGAUGAAUCAGAAACCGUACUCAGGAGGUCUCUGUCUCCAAGAAACAGCUGGAGAAAGCAACAGCAUCUCCCCACCGUGGUUCAUGGCCUGCAGCCCUGCGCCUCUCUCUGCUUCCUGCAGUCCUGUUGAGGGUUCAUCCCAGGUGCUGAGUGAAAGCGAAGAGGAGGAGGAAGGCUCCGUGCGGUGGGGACGGCAGGCACUGAGCAAGCGGACAUUGUGUCAGCAGGACUUUGGGGACCUGGACCUGAAUCUGAUUGAGGAAAACUAAAACUGAGAGGCCGCUUCCAGGGCCCACAGACUGACUGUCUAAUGGCUACUAACAAGUGUGAAGGCCCCAAGGCUGAGGGCCCAGCCUGGGAAAGGGGGUGAGUGGAGGGCUCCGACUCAGGGCAGCCGAAGUCUUCUCGCUCCAGCAAGCUCGACCAUGCCAAGAGACUGGCCGGGACAAGAUAAACGGAGCUGGUGGCGGGAGGGACAGCCCCAGAGCAGAGCCUCCCCAUGGCGGCCCUGAGUGUGAGUAUCCUUGCCACUGAGAGAGCAGUGGGCAGGGAAGGAAGGGGUCUGCUGACCCCAGCUCGGGGAAUUUCACUAGCCCCUUUGCUUCAAAGGGCACUUGUGUCUUAGAAUUUGGCCAGGGUGGGGGGGUUCAGUCAGCCUCCUCGGAGAAAUUGUGUGAGUGCGUGUGUGUGCAUGGGCGUACACUUGAGGAAAGGCGUGUUUGUAUAGCCUUAGGGAAGGAAGGCAGUUGCUCCUUUAACAG